UUGGCGCAGGCCCCGCCUCCCGGCUGUGUUGUCAAACGGGCCGGGGUCUCGGAUUGGUCCAGCCUCCGGGACAACACCUGCUCGACUCCUUCAUUCAAGUGACACCAGAGCUUCCAGGGAUAUUUGAGGCACCAUCCCUGCCAUCGCCGGGCACUCGCGGCACUGCUAACGGCCUGGUCACAUGCUCUCCGGAGAGCUACGGCAGGGCGCUGGGUAACCUCUAUCCGAACCGCGGCGAGGAGGAGGGAAGGGGCGAGCGAGGAGGAAGAGUGGGAGGAGGGGGAAGCGGCGGAGGAGGAAGAAGAGGAGGAGGGGCGCACAAAGAAUCCAGGUCUCCCGGAGGGAGGGUGAUACCCAGAACCAUGUGUGCGGAGCGGCUGGGCCAGUUCGUGACCCUGGCUUUGGUGUUUGCCACCUUGGACCCGGCGCGAGGGACCGACGCCACGAACCCUCCGGAAGGUCCUCAAGACAGGGGCUCCCAGCAGAAAGGCCGCCUGUCCCUGCAGAACACAGCGGAGAUCCAGCACUGUUUGGUCAAUGCUGGGGACGUGGGGUGUGGCGUGUUUGAGUGUUUUGAGAACAACUCUUGUGAAAUCCGAGGCUUACAUGGGAUUUGCAUGACUUUUCUGCACAACGCUGGAAAAUUUGACGCCCAGGGGAAGUCAUUCAUCAAGGAUGCCCUGAGGUGCAAGGCCCAUGCCUUGCGGCACAGAUUUGGUUGCAUCAGCAGGAAGUGUCCGGCAAUCAAGGAGAUGGUCUUCCAGUUGCAGAGGGAAUGCUACCUCAAGCAUGAUCUGUGCUCAGCAGCACAGGGGAACAUCGGUGUGAUUGUGGAGAUGAUAAAUUUCAGGGACCUUCUACUGCAUGAGCCCUAUGUGGACCUCGUGAAUUUGCUGCUGACCUGUGGGGAAGAUGUAAAGGAGGCUGUCACCCGAAGCAUCCAGGCUCAGUGUGAACAGAAUUGGGGAGGCCUGUGCUCCAUUCUGAGUUUCUGCACCUCCAACAUACAGAGACCUCCCACUGCCGUCCCUGAGCGUCAGCCCCUGGCAGAUAGGGCCCAACUCUCCAGGCCUCAACACCGGGACACAGGCCACCACCUAUCAGAAGCCAUCAGAGGUGCCAAGGGUGAACGAGGGAGCAAAAGCCACCCAAGUGUCCAUGCCCGAAGUGGAGCAGGUGGUCAGAGCGCCCAGGGACCUUCUGGAAGCAGCGAGUGGGAAGAUGAACAGACCGAGUAUUCCGAUAUCCGAAGGUGAAAUGAACAGCUGGCCAUGAAAGCUUUCCUCCCGGCCGUCCAUUUUCUUAUCUAUGGACAUUCCAAAACAUUUAACAUUAAAGAGGGCGAUGUCACACGCAGGAUAUGUGCCAAUUGUGGACUUCAUGCAGGUGUAUGAACAGGUGAGAUGGCGACUCCAGGGCCUCAAGGUCUCAGGUGCCUGGUGGAUUGGCACCUACUUUAAGCUUUUUCAAGGGAGUGUUGCCUUGAGUCUGCCUUGCAGCUUUGUCCCUUUCAGUCUGUGGGAGCUAGUGGGUGGCUAAGGUGUACUCUGUUGUGGGGGGAGGUCAGAUGGGGAGGGAAGGGGCCACACGUCGGUGCUAGGCCCUACCCUACAGUUUCCAGUGCUGUCUGCAGGAGACAGGGCAGGAGAGUGGAGAGUGUAGCUAUUAAGGCAAAGGAAGAGCAGAGAGGAUGCAGGGCUUAGCUAAGCUAUGUUCAGUGCCAAACCGAAGUUUAGUGUCGCGUGGGACCUUGUGUUUCAGAACUGCUAGAAGGGACAUGGAAUAGUGCAUUUUCUGUGUGUCAUUUCUGAGCCAUUGUUCUGUCUGGGGGGACACUGAAGGAGUGGCCCCUGUCUAUUUUGACCACUGCUUCAGAUCUCCAUCUUUUUUUUUUUUUUAAAUUCAUUGACAUCUAUAUGCCUGUCAUCUAAAUAGAUGGUUUCCAAACCAAACAACUAGGUCACCAAAACCAGCUCAAAGGAGGAAGAAAACAAACCCCAGCCCAUCUCUGGAGGGUAAACUUUUGUAGGGUCUAUUUUAAAAAGAGCACUAAACCCCACGUGGGCUUCUACCCACUGGAACAGAUGGAUACCUAGAAGGGAAAGCACACACCAGGGGCCUUUCCUUAGACUUUGGCUGUCUCAGCUUGACCUCAGCCAAUUCCUGGGAGCCUGUACAUUGAAUCCGUGUGACCAAGUUGGAAACUGGCCUCUGCAUGUCAGGAGGGAGGAGAGAGAAAGGCAUCAAGACUGCGAAGGAAAUUGCCUUCAGGGUUGCCACCCUCUGCAUACUUGGGCAAAUAGCUAUCUCUAAGAGACAGGGCUUUCCACAGCCAAAGUGGAAAUUUAGCAACAAGGAAAGAAGUGGGUGGAAGGAAGGCCAAAGGGGAGAGAAGGGACUUGUGACAGCGCAGCACUAAGAUCUUCCUCUGGCUGUCAUAGUGACUACUUUUGCAGCCAGUACACACAGGAGCCAGUGCUGUAGGAGUAUGGGGUAUCCUGACUGGGUCUCUAGAGCAAGGCUCAGCCAACUUUUUCUAUGAAGGGCCAAGUAGUAAUUAGAGAGUUUCAGUUCGGCAAGCCACACAGUUUCUGUUGCCACUAGCCAGCUCUGCCAUGACAGCACAAAAGCAUCCUCUGCCGCACAAAUGGGAGGGCUUGGCUGUGUUCCACUAAGAUUUUCUUCAGCAGGCACCCAGCGGGACUUGGCUCACAGACCACGCAUACAUAGCAUGUUCCCUGUACUAGGGAACGAGAUGAAAUAUAUGCAUUCUGCCUUCCCCAGCUACUCUAGUUCUCCCUGGAAGGCCCCCGAGGCCAGAGACAGCCACAUUUCUCUAAACACUUCCCCAAACUCGGCUGGUGUCUCUACAUGCAGGAUCCAAUCUCAAUCUCAUAAGCUAUGCUUGAAAAAAGAGGAGGGGUGGGUUCAUGACACGCUGGGAAACCUCCAGAAAGCUAUGGGAGCGUAGAGGGGCUGUACUUUUAAUCCAGUCCUGCCGGAAGGAAGGAGGCCCGGCAUGCCAGGUUCUGCACGUCGACUGUGGCACUCUUGUGUCAUGUGCCUCUGUGGCACCUUGACUGUCCUCUGCUUAUGUCACUCACAUUCUCCUUCAUUCCUGGCUCAGCUGCUCAUUUGUCACCAGUGUCUGGACUGGGUUCAUCAGUGUCUUGUGUUCACCUACUGAUGUUCCUUUUGUUGUUUCUACUGUAAAUAUUUGUCGUUUGUAUUUAUUAUCUCGGUGUCUUACCCCAAAAGGCAUAAACACACUUCAUUCAAACCCACCAACUGAUCUCUGUUGUGUAUUUCCAUGCCUUUGCCCCUCCAAAAGUUUUUUUUUUUUUUUUUAAAGGCAUUUCAGGGUCCCUCAGGUGAUUAGAAACACAAAAUGUAUUUAUCUCUUGAGUCCUUUUGCUCAAAAUUGUCCAAAUUCUUGUGUGCCUCAUGAAGGCAUUCGAACAAUCUAAAUGUAAGCAAGGCAGCUGUUGAAAACAGUCCCUCCUCAGGCUUCAUCCUUCAUACACAUUUACUCAGGAGCCUUCCUGAGAGGAAGGAUGUGGAUCUCCAAAUAAAGUUGCAGUGUUUAUUUUGAGCUUCGAAUCUUAACGAGAUGAUCUGAACACCUCUCCUUUGUAUCAAUCAAUAGCCCUGUUAUUCUAAAAUGAGAGGGCCAAAGACAGCAAAACGCUGACAGCCCAAAACUGAGUGAUGAGACAUCAGCCUAGAACUGCAGUCAGUCCUUACACACGAGCUGAAGCUCUGAACCUGGCAAAUGGCAUCUCGGAAACAUGGAGACAAUGCUGCUGGCACCCACUUCCUAAGGAAGAAAUGUACCACGUGGGCUUACUAAGUCAGCGUCUGCUUCUGUUACAGAGUUAGGCAACAGGGCCUGGACACUGUCACACUGUGUUGUUUUCCUUCAAGCAUUAAUAAAGAUUUUAAAUAAA